ACGAAUUAUUACGGAAUGGUCGAUAUGUCGCGUGUGCCUGUUUUAGCAAUUUUGGGUUCUACGGGUUGCGGAAAAUCUCGUCUGAGCAUAGAAUUGGCUAGAAGAUUUUUUGGAGAAAUUAUUUCGGCCGACAGCAUGCAGGUGUACAAAAGCCUGGACAUCAUUACCGCGAAAGUGACGAAGGAAGAAAGACAAAUGGCGCCGCAUCACAUGCUGGACAUCGUAGACCCCUUGUCUCUCAAUUUCACCGUGAUGCAAUUCCGAGACAUGACCUUACCCAUUAUAGACGAUCUCCUGACAAGGGAAAAGCUUCCGAUCAUUGUCGGCGGGACCAAUUAUUACAUCGAAGCUCUUUUAUGGAACAUUCUUAUGGACCAUGAUGACAAAUCUACACCGAACAAUUCACCCACGAGAGAUUCACCCGAUGGUGGCAACAAAAUAUCAGAGUCUUCGAGGGAAAACAAGAACGAUAGUAUCUCGCCGAAGAAAAUGAAAUUCGAAAUAGACCGGGAUACCACGGAAAGUAACGAGGAGCUUUUCACGAAACUGAAGAAAGCCGAUCCUGAAAUGGCCAAGAGGAUUCAUCCUAACAACAGACGGAAGAUCAUACGGUCCCUGGAAGUGUUCACGCAAUACGGCGUGACGCACUCGGAACUCCUUCGAACUCAACGUACGGCCGGUGGUUCCGGAUUAGGCGGACCUCUCAGAUACAAGAACUCCAUUAUACUAUGGCUCCGCUGCGACCAGACGGUCCUCGAACAACGGCUGGACAGCAGGGUCGAUGCCAUGCUGGAGACCGGUCUUGUGCAGGAACUGCUUGACUUUCAUCGAAGGUACAACGAACAGUGGAUUCAGACGAACACGUCACCUGACUACACCAAGGGAAUCUUUCAGAGCAUCGGCUUCAAAGAGUUUCAUAGUUACCUCGUGCUGCCCGAGAACGAGAAGCGAGAGAAAAAGGGUCAAGAAUUACUGAAAAAAGCAAUCGACGACUUGAGACUUGUUACAAAGAGGUACGCAAAAAAGCAACAAAAAUGGGUCCGUAACCGUCUAAUUCGUCGCAGUGAUAGACAGGUACCCCGCGUAUACACACUAGACUGUACUGAUUUGGAUAAAUGGGAUAGUUCUGUGUACGAGCAAGCUGUGAAAAUAGUGGAAGCAACACUUAGGGGAGAAGAACCGCUGCAGAAGCCUUUGAACGAGUCCGUUACAAACCAGAAACUUACAGACAGUAGUAAUGAGGAAUGUUACCAUUGUGAUGUCUGCGACAGGUUCUUUGUCGGCGAUGUUCAGUGGAGUGCACAUAUGGACGGAGAAAAACAUCGUAAAGUUUUGAAGCGGAAAAAGAGAUUGGCGGAGCAGAAUGUGACCGAGCAGAAUGUAACAGAGGGGAGCGAAUAAAGAAGACUGACAUAAAACCAUUUCUGUGAUUAUAAUGCGUAAAAACAUAGUUAGAAAAUAUCAUGUAUU